UCAAUCAUCCAAUAAUGUGUUUCCGUCGCUUCAACGAGACAUGGCUUCACCGACUAAACCACCUCCACCACCAACUCGCCUCCGCCCCCAAACCCAGUUCCAAAGAAGACCAGCUCCACCUCAGACAGCUCGUGGAACGAGUCAUGAAUCACUACGAGGAUUACUACCGAGUCAAGGCCCACGCGGCGACUCUAGACGCGUUCUCCAUGUUCUCUGCCCCAUGGGUUACCAGCCUGGAGCACUCCCUCCAGUGGAUAGCUGGGUGGAGGCCAACCGUCGUUUUCCAUCUUAUCUACACUGAGUCAAGCUCCCGGUUCCAGGCCGAGCUGAUCGACAUCCUACGUGGACACCGGACCGGCGACCUCGGGGAUCUCUCCCCUGGUCAACUCGGGGGAGUUAGCAAUCUGCAAUGCGAGACAGUGAAUGAGGAAAACGAGAUCACUAGGGAGCUAUCAGAUUGGCAAGACGGCGUGUGUGAUAUCAUGUCGUCGUCGAUGGGCAGUGACGUGGAUGGGAAGAUGCCAAGGUUGGUGAAGGUGCUGGAGAAAGCCGAUAAUCUACGGCUGAAAACCAUGCGGAGGGUAGUGGACUUGUUGACCCCACAACAGGCCGUCGAGUUCUUGACUGUCACCGCCGAGAUGGAAUUUGGCAUUCGUAGAUGGGGCCUGGAGAAAGACCGCAUGCGUGUUGGCGUGCAAUGUCGUCUAUAUGUGUGUGUUGAUCAUGGAAUCAUUAUACGCUCUAGCAGUUUAGUGUCAGUGUCUCUAGUUUUUGCCUUUAUCCUGCCGCCGGGGGUGAGGCGGCGGUGGUGA